AAAAAGUUUAUGCCUUUGUAUGGAUAAACAUAUAUAUAUAUAAUAUAUGUACAAUAUAUAUGGGAUAGAGCACGCUACUAGUUUCUAGUUUCUAAUACGCAAUAACGAUGGCAUCUGCUAGCUUGUCUUCAAACAAGUUAAAGCUUAAUCACCUUACGAUCAACAAUUAUAAUCGACAAAAUGCUUACGAGUCACAGAAACAGUUUAUUAAAUCUGUUCAAGAUUAUUCUAUUAAAACAAGCCAGUCUCCUGUUGAUAUAACUGAUGAUGUAUUUUCUCUUAAAAGUUUACCACCUAAACAUCAGUUAAUGAAAUGGUCCACUGAACUAUCUAUGCGUAAUAGUAUUGCGAGUGGAAUCCAUUAUAUAGAAUGCAAUCUAGGAAAGUUCAUGUAUGAAAGUGUUCAGCUUCUAAUAGCUCUUCAUAGGGUUCAAGAAAUGAAGCUAGCAGUUGAUCAAGAGUUAACAUGGUUUAAUUCUCCCAAGUUAGUACCAAAAUCAAUCAGUAUUUUUCCUUCUCAAAAUUUAAUUGAAAAAUUCAAAGAAGUGCUUUUUAAAAGGCCAGCUAACAAUGAAAUAUCAGAAUAUGGGAUGAGCCCUAAUACUUUAGCUGAGUUAUGUUGUGCUAGAUGGCUUUCAUCAGAUCAUAUGCUGCAAAUGUCCAGCAUUUUAAACUUGAUCCAAAGCCAUUCAAAGGUAAUUUAUUUUAACUUUUUAGGAAAUAUUGAGCAUUAUGUAUCAAGAAUAACUGUUGUCCCUGAAAAGCUGAUCUUUAUUAUAAAUGUUGGAGGAAACAACGAGAAAACAUUUUCUGGUACAGAUUUAAAUGCAGGUUGCCACUGGACACUUGCAGUUUAUGAUAGUAUUGAAGGUAAUUUUUACUAUGGAGAUUCUUUAGGAUGGUCAGCUCCAGAUGAUUUUUUAACUAAAGUUAAAUUAUUAAUCAGAAAAUUGUAUCACAUAAACGAAAGCUUUAAUAUCACUUAUUGUCAUGAUCCAAAGACACAUAUGAAUGGAGUUAAAAAAUGCAGUUCUUUUUGCAAAGAAAAUUAUCCCAUGCAGACAUGUGGAAAUAUUUGUGGAGUUAUUACCAUAAUAGUAUGUGCAAUCUCUUGCCUAAAAUAUGAUUACUUUAAAUGUAUGAUAAAUAAUGGUCAAAUAGGGACCAAUAAUUACAUUUUUUUAAAAGACCCUACUAAAUAUUCUAAAUAUUUAAGAUUAGUUUUAAUGUCAUGGUUUAUCUCAAAAGAAAUAAAUCUUGAUUUUGUUGUUCCUACCACUAUUGUGCGUGAAGUUUCCACCAGUAUUAAGGUAAGUGAUACUAAUUCUGAUGAAGAUGCCAUAUAUACAAAUGUUUUCGAAUCCAACUUAAAUAAAAAAAAUAUGGCCAGUGUAAAAAAUAUCGAUUUAUCUUUAAAAUGCGCAAUUUGCAAUAUCUCUUUCACCCAAAAAAAAAACAUGCUGCGGCAUAUGAAAAAUAAACACAAAUCAAUUGAUGAAGCACAAGAAAAUAUUCAAUCAGGAAAUUCUUUUUGUCUUCAAUGUGGAUUUAAAUGUAGACGAGUUAAGGAUUUAAGAAAACAUUUAUCUACAGUUCAUUUUUAUACUUUUCAGAAAGAAAAAUUAUCAUUUGCUAAUUAUCGAGAAUUUGAAAUGUGGAAAUCAGAUGUUGAAAGUAAUAAUGCAACACAAUAUGUUUUACCUUCUGGUGAAAAGAUUGAUAAAGAUGGUAGGAAAGUAUCAUACUAUCAAUGCAACAGAAGUGGACUUUAUAAAUGCAUGGCGAAGAAAAGACUAGUUAAAAGUAGUGGUAUGUAUCAAGUAAAUAGCAAUAUUUAG